AUGCCUGCCAACGCCACUCGAGCGAACGGGGUACGUAAACCGAAGAAGAAGCUUCUGCUCAAUGCUUUUGAUAUGUUUACGCCCAGCCAUCUGGCCUUUGGCCAGUGGGCUAAUCCGCGAGAUCGAAGUAAGGAUAAGCGACGAGACCUCAGCUACUGGACCGAUCUGGCAAAGAUCUUAGAGAAAGGAAGUUUUGUCGGAUACUUUCUAGCUGACACGUAUGGCCCAUAUGAUGUCCUGGAGGGAAGUGCGGCACCUGCAAUUCGAACUGGAGCUCAAUUCCCGAUGGCCGAUCCCAUCAUACCUAUCUCCGCUAUGGCGUCCGUGACAAAGCACCUCAACUUUGCAGCCACAACGUCGACAUCGUAUGAGCAACCGUAUGUUGUCGCGAAACGGUUCACAACGCUCGAUCAUUUGACCGGUGGCCGCUUUGGGUGGAACAUCGUAACUAGCUGGAAACCCGCAGCUUCGAAGGCUGUGGGGUUGCCGUAUGUUGAGCAUGAUCAACGGUAUGAGAAUGCCGAUGAAUAUCUCCGAAUUCUCUACAAGCUCUGGGAGGGAUCAUGGGCCGAUGAUGCGCUGAAGGAGGAUGCAGAGAGGAGAAUCUACACCGACCCGGCAAGGAUACGGACCAUUAAGCACUCAGGUAAAUGGACUGUUGACGCGCCCUUUAUCGUUGACCCGUCGCCACAACGUACGCCAGUACUCUUUCAGGCUGGGACCUCGGCUGCUGGGAUGAAAUUUGGUUCAACACACGCUGAGGCUAUCUUCGUUUCUGGACUUUCUCCACAUGUUGUAGCACCGCGCGUGAAAGCAAUUCGUGAAGGCGCUGUAGCUGCAGGACGGGAUCCACAGUCCGUCAAGAUCUUCGCUAUGAUCACGCCUAUCAUUGGCAAAGACGAGGAAGAUGCUGACCGAAAGCACCGCGAGGCGCUUCAAUACGCGUCUGAAGAAGGCGGACUGGCGCAAUGGUGUGCAGCCACAGGCGUUGACGUAUCACAAUUUGAUCUAGAUCAUCUGCUCACAGAACAAGACGUACCAGUCGGUCAAUGGCAGCGACUUCAGCAAAGCUCUACGUACAACCUACGAUACUCAGGGACCGACAUCCCGCCCCUCACAGUCCGAAACUUGGGAAAGCUAGUUGCAAUAGGCGGCACGGGAGCAAUGCCCAAGGGUUCACCGUCGCAAGUUGCCGAUAUAUUCGAGCAGUGGGUUGACAUUGCUGAUGUUGAUGGGUUCAACAUCGCCUACGUGGUCUCGCCUGGCAGCUUUGAGGAUGUAUCAACGCUUCUUGCACCCGAACUGAGACGACGAGGCCUGUUGGACGAGCCGAUUAAAGAAGGAGCUCCCGUACUGACGUAUCGAGAAAGAAUAUAUGGAAAGGGCCAGAAGGGGUUACGAAGCGAUCAUCCGGGUUUCAAAUACAAGUAUGAGACGUAUGAGCAGACAGUGGCGGAAGAGGAAGCACUGAAAAAUGGAAACACGAAUGAGGCCGGAGGACGGAAGAGAAGAAAGGUGCGACGAUAG